UAAGAAAGGAACAUAAUAGGAGAAGAGCCUUCGACCAGCGCAGCCGCGUGUAACCGUCGAUUCGUCCUCGUGGGAUUGGCUCUCGACUCCAUAUUCACCGAGGACGGAGACGGAGGAAGGAGAGAGAGAGAGAGAGGAAGAGAGAGAGAGAGAGAGAGAGGAAGAGAGAGCGGAGGCUCGGAAAUAUUAAGUCAGAAGCCGGAGGCGCCGGUGGCACGUGCACCACCAGCUAAAUUUCCAACGUCGGACAAUGAGGUGCGAGGAUACAUUAUUCCGCCUCGCAGCCGACUGUUGCUAAAGAAACCAUGGACAGCGAGACGCGACUUCCCCGUGGGCUCUUGCCCGACGGGACCGCGCACCUCGACACCCAAGUCGGCGGUCAUCCAUUCGACGCCAAGACCGGCAGAAUAGGGAUGCUGCGUGGACCAAGCGGGCGGGUGUUCAAGCCCCUCGUGAAUUCGACUCUGGCCGAACGUGAGAUCGCCUUCUACGAGAAUCUGCGGGUGUCUGGCAAUCCGACCGACACCAAGAUGCUCAGAUACACUCCAACGUACCACGGCACCAAGGAGCUGAGGAUCUUCGACAGACGCAUGAGGUUCAUCGAGCUCGAGGACAUAACGGACGGAAUGUCGGAGCCCUGCGUCAUGGACGUGAAGAUCGGCCGGAGAACUUGGGACCCGCUAGCCGGGCCCGCUAAGCGCGCCUCCGAGGAGCUCAAGUACGCGGACUCCAAGAGGGCCUACGGCUUCUGCAUACCGGGUUUCCAGGUGUACAGGAUACCGGCAGGCACCCUCGGCAAAUACGACAAGGAUUACGGCAAGAGACUCGACACCCAGACGACCGUCGAAGCGCUCUCGACGUUCCUGAACGCGACACCGGGUCGGCCGCCAUGUCGCGAGCUCGUCGUUCGGCUCCUCUCCGUUCUCUGGAAGAUCCUGGCCCUCUUCCGGGAGCAGCGACGCUACAGGCUCUACUCGAGCUCGCUCCUCAUAGCGUAUGACGCGCGUCGACUGCGACAUCUCGCCCGCCGACAGCUCAACGACAGUCCCGCGGAGUCGUUGCUCCGGGCGCCGGUCAGCCGUAGCAGGAGCAGCGGUGCCGCCCGUAGCCUCGGCUCCCUCAAUCGCAUCGGGCAGAGUCCGGCGAGUCCGGGCCCCGGCUCCGAGUCACCCACCAGAAGUCCCAGAGUCAACCGAACGAUCGACAGGCUCCAGCGGCUCAAGCGCAGCAUCAGCUUGCAGAACUGCGAGGUGCUGCCCGAGAGGAGCAGCAUCGAGAUCACCAGCAUCGCCGAGACGACAGCGACGCCCAGGAGGCCACUGGACGUACAAGUCCAUAAGCUAUGUCGCACCCACUCGUACUCCAACAACUUCGACGCGGACAUCGUGCAGAUGAAGGAGGACUAUGCGGCUCUUCUGUCCGAGCUGAGUAGCACCUGCGAGGAGAAGCAGAACUGGGUGAGAGUGUACAUGAUCGACUUUGCCCACGUAUUUCCGGCCGAUGACGGGGACCUCGACAGCAACUAUCUCGAGGGCAUCGAGAACCUCAUCAAGAUCCUCGAGAAAUUCCUAGCGUGACACGUCCUCGGCAAUCUCCUCGAGUAUCCCGGUUCAGUGGAAGCGGGCAAACGUUACUAUUCGGCUCAAUUCCACUCAUUACUUAUGACUUUAAUGUUAAUGUGUGCUUUUUCCAAUAAUCUUGCGCCUCGAAGGACUUAAACCGUGCGAAAUAUUAAUACUUCAUUGGCCACUUAUCUU